AUGGUGGUGCAUAGGAAUGCCCUAAAGCAACGGAAUAAGCCCUUCAAGGGUUCUACCAAAUCUAACCCCCUAAAGAAGGUCAAAAUAACCGCCAAAGUUGAAUUAGUUAGAAUACCUAGGAAAAAAGUUAUCAGUGAUACUAAAAAGGCGGCAAAACAGUCACGCCUGGAAGUGAAGCGAUUGGGUCCUAAGGCGAUUCUAAUAGUUUCAUGCAAUAGCACUGUAAAAUCUAGUGAUUUUGUUAAUAAGAUUACACAAUAUAUACAAGGAACUAUUUUAGAUACAGAUUUCAAUAUUAUUUGUGACUGUGAUUCCAUCAGUGAUUCUGAAUGGAACAUUGGUAACAUUGUUCAACUUCCCAAAAAGGCUUUAACAAGUAGCUUUUCACAGAAAGUUUACUUUUAUUCAUGUCCCAGAAAUGUAACUUCAGUUUUGUCUGCUGCCGCAGUAGCUGACAUUAUUAUACUGUUAUUUGACGGACUUAGGGAUGAUGAUGCCUUCGACAAACAAGGAUAUGAUAUCAUGAGGGCGUUAAAACUACAAGGUAUGCCGUCGGUUAUAGGUGUGAAUUUGACGUCUUCUGAUAGUAGCAUUGUUAAAAGAUAUUUUAACGAUGAAUUGGGGCCUGAUAAGAAAUACUUUGUGUUGAAAGAUACUCUUCAAUUGCUACGUGGCAUAAGCAGUACAAGUUGCAAGCAAAUUUCGUGGCGCAAAGAUAGGGGAUAUAUGUUAGGCCAGCUACACAGUUAUAACAAAGAUGACCAAAAACUGGUGUUGAAGGGUUACAUGAAGAAUUUGGGCUUUACCUGUAAAAAUUUAGUACAUAUUACUGACGUCGGUGACUUUGUUCUUGACAAAAUUGAGGUAAUACCUCCCUCUGGAAAUACUAUGUCACUAGAUCCAAUCACAUUAGAUGAAGUUAAUCAAAUGGACAUAAAUGAUCAAAUUGAUGUGUUAAAUGAAGUAAUUGAAGAGGAUAAUGAAUUUGAAUGUCAAAAAUUGGAUGAAAUGUUUGAUAAUAUCGCAAUUGAAUCAAAUGAUAACGAUGUAUUAGAUGAGUACUUCAAGAAGAUUGUCAACGAGUCUAAGAACUAUGAAAUGGAGAUUAGAGAUCCAAAGGAUCGCAUGUUCCCCGACGAAGUGGAUAUUCCAUCUAAUAUAUUAGCUAGCAAGAGAUUUAGAAAGUAUCGUGCAUUGGAAGAUUUUAACAGAUCCGAAUGGGAUCCUUACAUGGAUUUACCCGUUCCCUACUCAAAAAUACACGAAUUUGAAUCAUUCAAAGCAUUAGUCAAAUACUGUAACUCUCAUCAUUCUAAACAUGCUUCGAAAAUCGUUGAAGCAAUUAAAAAUGUUACUGGAAUUGAUACUAAUGAACCAUUUGUAUACCUACAAAUCUCUGGUGUCAAUUCCGCCAUUGUUGAUAAGUUUAUAAAUGAUGCUAAACCAUUCAUUGUAUCAACAGUAUUGCCAUAUGAGAGAAAAGUUACAGUGUUAGAAAUGUCAAUCAAUAAAGUAGCGCCCUUGAUGCCGAUAGAGUCACAUGAUUCUGAAUCAAGCAUAGAUAGCAUACCUUCUAAGUCAGAAUACAAAUUCUUAACAGGCUUUAGAAGAUUCAUCAGUAGACCAAUUUUCAGUAUCAAAACAUCAGUUAACUCCAGUGGCAAAUCGAUAUAUCUAAAGGUACUAGAUAAUACUAAAAUGUGUAUUGCAUCAAUUUAUGGGUUUGCAUUGCCCCUAUCUAACCCAAUUAUUAUGAUGAGGAAUGAUGAGGUAAUUGCCCAUGGAAGUAUCAUUGGCCCUAACCCCAAAAGGGUUGUGUUGAAGCGGAUUAUCUUGACCGGGUAUCCAAUUAAAGUCCAUAAGCAGAAAGCUAUAGUUAGGUAUAUGUUCUUCAAUCCACACGAUAUAAGGUGGUACAAACCGGCAAAAUUAGUCACCAAAAGAGGGCUAACUGGGCGAAUAAUGACCUCUCUAGGUACACACGGUUAUAUGAAAUGCCUUUUCGACCAAUAUAUAUCGCAAGAUGAUGUAGUAAUGUUAUACUUGUAUAAGCGUGUUUACCCUAAGUGGCAUCCAUAUACUUGGACCCAUCAAUCUAUUACAAGCAGUAUUUAUGCAUAA